AUGAAGGCUCAAUCAUUGGCAGAUCAUUUGGCGGAGAACCCUAUUGAUGAAGAAUAUGAACCACUUAAGACCUAUUUUCCAGACGAUGAGAUAUCUUGUAUCGAUGAAGUUAUUCACGAUAACAAUCAAGGAUGGAAGUUGUUUUUUGACGAUGCCUCCAACAAGAAAGGAGUUGUUCCUAUGUCAGGAUUAGGCGAAUAUUACCCUAUAACAUCCCAACUUAGAUUCUAUUGUACUAAUAAUAUGUCCAAGUAUGAAGCUUGCAUUAAAGGUUUGAGACACAUUCCUAGAGUUCACAAUGAGAUCGCAGAUGCAUUGGGCACUUUAUCUUCCGUGCUCCAACAUCCUGAUGACGCUCAUAUUGAUCCUUUAUACAUACAAACUCGUGAUCAACAUGCUUAUUGCAACAUGGUUGAAGAAGAAUUUGAUGGUAAACCUUGGUUCCAUGAUAUUAAAACAUAUAUUCAGUUUGGAGAAUAUUCAUCGGAUGUAACUAGUAAUCAAAACAGAACUAUUCGACGUCUAGGAAGCGAGUUUUUCUUAAGCGGAGGCAUAUUGUACAAGAAGACACCUGAUUUGGGACUUCUAAGAUGUGUAAAUGCUCAAGAGGAUUCAACAAUCAUGAUUGAAGUACACUCAGGGGUUUGUGGACCUCACAUUGAUUGA